UUCAUUGCCACUACCAUGAUGGAUGUGAGUGAACUCGGGGAGUCUGCCCGCUACCUCCGCCAGGGCUACCAGGAGACGAUGAAGGUGCACACUGUCCCAUGGGAUGGGAAGAAGCGGGUCUGGAUACCUGAUGAACAGGAUGCCUAUGUGGAGGCUGAGGUCAAGUCGGAGGCGACUGGGGGCAGAGUCAGCGUGGAGACCAAAGACCAAAAGGUGCUGAUGGUGCGCGAAGCCGAGCUGCAGCCCAUGAACCCGCCCCGCUUUGACUUGCUGGAGGACAUGGCCAUGAUGACGCACCUCAACGAGGCCUCGGUGCUGCACAACCUGCGCCAGCGUUAUGCUCGCUGGAUGAUCUAUACUUACUCAGGCCUUUUCUGUGUCACCAUCAACCCCUACAAAUGGCUCCCGGUCUACACGCCCUCUGUGGUGGCCGCUUACAAGGGAAAGCGCCGCUCGGAGGCCCCACCACACAUAUAUGCGGUGGCAGAUAACGCCUACAAUGACAUGCUGCGCAACCGAGAAAACCAGUCCAUGCUGAUCACCGGAGAGUCGGGGGCCGGUAAGACGGUUAACACCAAGCGGGUCAUUCAGUACUUUGCCAUCGUCGCUGCCCUGGGAGACGGGCCGGGCAAGAAGGCCCAAUUUCUGGCCACAAAGACUGGGGGUACCCUCGAGGAUCAAAUCAUUGAGGCUAACCCUGCCAUGGAGGCUUUUGGCAAUGCCAAGACCCUGCGGAAUGACAACUCGUCCCGCUUUGGCAAGUUUAUCCGAAUUCACUUUGGUCCCUCUGGGAAGCUGGCAUCUUCGGAUAUUGACAGCUAUCUCCUGGAAAAGUCACGGGUGAUCUUCCAGCUGCCUGGUGAGCGUGGCUACCACGUCUACUACCAGAUCCUCUCAGGGAAGAAGCCAGAGCUGCAGGACAUGCUGCUUCUGUCUAUGAACCCCUAUGACUACCACUUCUGCAGCCAGGGUGUCAUCACCGUGGACAACAUGGAUGACGGGGAGGAGCUCAUGGCCACUGAUCAUGCCAUGGACAUCCUCGGCUUCAGUGUGGAUGAGAAGUGUGCCUGCUAUAAGAUCGUGGGUGCCCUUCUGCACUUUGGCAACAUGAAGUUCAAGCAGAAGCAGCGGGAAGAGCAGGCUGAGGCUGAUGGCACCGAGAGUGCUGACAAGGCUGCCUACUUGAUGGGGGUCAAUAGUGGGGACCUUCUCAAAGGCCUUCUGCACCCCCGAGUGCGUGUGGGUAACGAGUAUGUGACUAAGAACCAGAGUGUGGAGCAGGUGGUGUUUGCCGUGGGGGCUCUGGCCAAGGCCACGUAUGACCGGCUGUUUCGGUGGCUGGUAUCUCGGAUCAACCAGACACUGGACACAAAGCUGCCCCGUCAGUUCUUCAUUGGAGUCUUGGACAUUGCUGGUUUUGAGAUCUUUGAGUUUAACAGCUUUGAACAGCUGUGUAUCAACUUCACCAACGAGAAGCUGCAGCAGUUCUUCAACCAGCACAUGUUUGUGCUGGAGCAGGAGGAGUACAAGCGGGAGGGCAUCGACUGGGUCUUCAUUGACUUCGGCCUGGACCUGCAGCCCUGCAUUGACCUCAUCGAGAAGCCACUGGGCAUCCUGUCCAUCCUAGAGGAGGAGUGCAUGUUCCCCAAGGCCUCAGAUGCCAGCUUCCGGGCCAAGCUCUAUGAUAAUCAUGCAGGGAAGUCACCCAAUUUCCAGCAACCACGGCCUGACAAGAAGCGCAAAUAUCAGGCCCAUUUUGAGGUGGUCCACUAUGCGGGUGUGGUGCCUUACAGCAUCGUGGGCUGGCUGGAGAAAAACAAGGAUCCCCUGAAUGAGACAGUGGUCCCCAUCUUCCAAAAGUCUCAGAACAAGCUCUUAGCUACCCUCUAUGAGAACUACGCAGGCUCCUGCUCCACUGAGCCCCCCAAGUCUGGGGUGAAAGAGAAGCGUAAAAAGGCAGCAUCGUUCCAGACAGUUUCCCAGCUGCACAAGGAGAACCUCAACAAGCUGAUGACUAACCUGCGGGCCACACAGCCCCACUUUGUCCGUUGCAUUGUCCCAAAUGAGAAUAAGACCCCAGGGGUCAUGGAUGCCUUCUUGGUGCUACACCAGCUGCGCUGCAAUGGGGUUCUGGAGGGGAUCCGGAUUUGCCGCCAGGGCUUCCCCAACAGGCUGCUCUACGCUGACUUCCGGCAGCGAGCUUGGUGCAAUGCCUGGCCCCAGGGCAGACCUGUUACCACGAAGGGCACAGACAAUAUUGAGCCUGUUGGCCACCUCUUGCUGCCCCUCCCCAGGGAUGCCCUGUUCACCAUCCAGUGGAACAUCCGAGCCUUCAAUGCUGUCAAGAAUUGGUCAUGGAUGAAGCUCUUUUUUAAGAUGAAGCCACUGCUGCGCUCGGCACAGGCUGAGGAGGAGCUGGCGGCCCUGCGGGCUGAGCUGCGGGGGCUGCGAGGGGCACUGGCCGCUGCGGAGGCCAAGCGCCAGGAGCUGGAGGAGACACACGUCAGUGUCACCCAGGAGAAGAAUGACCUGGCUCUGCAGUUGCAGGCAGAGCAGGACAACCUGGCAGAUGCUGAGGAGCGCUGCCACUUGCUAAUCAAGUCCAAGGUGCAGCUUGAGGCCAAGGUGAAGGAGAUGAGCGAGCGGCUAGAGGACGAGGAGGAAGUGAACGCUGACCUGGCCGCCCGCCGGCGCAAGCUGGAAGAUGAGUGCACGGAACUCAAGAAGGACAUCGAUGACCUGGAGCUGACGCUGGCCAAGGCUGAGAAGGAGAAGCAAGCCACUGAGAACAAGGUGAAGAACCUGACAGAGGAGAUGGCAGCACUGGAUGAGUCAGUGGCCCGGCUGACCAAAGAGAAGAAGGCAUUGCAGGAGGCCCACCAGCAGGCCCUGGGUGACCUGCAGGCCGAGGAGGACCGUGUGAGCGCACUGGCCAAGGCCAAGCUCCGGCUGGAGCAGCAGGUGGAAGAUCUGGAGUGUUCCCUGGAGCAGGAGAAGAAGCUGCGCAUGGACACAGAACGAGCCAAGCGCAAGCUGGAGGGUGACCUGAAGCUGACACAGGAGUCAGUGACAGAUGCUGCCCAAGACAAGCAGCAGCUGGAGGAGCAGCUCAAGAAGAAGGACUCCGAGUUGAGCCAGUUGAACCUGCGAGUGGAGGAUGAGCAGCUCCUCGGAGCCCAGCUGCAGAAGAAGAUCAAGGAGCUGCAGGCUCGGGCGGAGGAGCUGGAAGAGGAGCUGGAGGCAGAGCGGGCUGCCCGAGCCCGUGUGGAGAAGCAGCGGGCGGAGGCAGCCCGGGAGCUGGAGGAGCUGAGCGAGCGGCUGGAGGAGGCUGGCGGCACGUCCGCAGGGCAGCGCGAGGGCUGCCGCAAGCGCGAGGCCGAGCUGGGGCGCCUGCGGCGGGAACUGGAGGAGGCAGCACUGCGGCAUGAGGCCACGGUGGCUGCCCUGCGGCGCAAGCAGGCGGAGAGUGCAGCUGAGCUGGGCGAGCAGGUGGACAGCCUGCAGCGCGUGCGGCAGAAGCUGGAAAAAGAAAAGAGCGAGCUCCGCAUGGAGGUGGAUGACCUGGGUACCAGCGUCGAGACUCUGGCCCGUGGCAAGGCCAGUGCAGAGAAGCUGUGCCGGGCCUACGAGGAUCAGCUGAGUGAGGCCAAGAUCAAGGUGGAGGAACUGCAACGUCAGCUGGCGGAUGCGAGCACCCAGCGUGGGCGACUUCAAACUGAGAGCGGGGAGCUGAGCCGCCUGCUUGAGGAGAAGGAGUCUCUGCUUAGCCAGCUGAGCCGUGGGAAGGCCUCAGCCACUCAGAGCCUGGAGGAACUGCGGAGGCAGCUGGAGGAGGAGAGCAAGGCCAAGAGUGCGCUGGCCCACGCUGUGCAGGCCUUGCGGCAUGACUGCGACCUCCUGCGGGAGCAGCAUGAAGAAGAGGCCGAGGCCCAGGCUGAGUUGCAGCGGCUGCUGUCCAAGGCCAAUGCUGAGGUGGCCCAGUGGAGGAGCAAGUAUGAGGCAGACGCCAUCCAGAGGACUGAGGAGCUGGAGGAGGCCAAAAAGAAGCUGGCACUUCGGCUUCAGGAGGCAGAGGAGGGGGUGGAAGCUGCACAUGCCAAGUGCUCAUCGCUGGAGAAGGCCAAGCUGCGACUGCAGACAGAGUCGGAGGACGUGACCCUGGAGCUGGAGCGGGCGACUUCAGCAGCUGCUGCACUGGACAAGAAGCAGCGGCACUUGGAGAGGGCACUGGAGGAGCGGCGGCGGCAAGAGGAGGAGACACAGCGGGAGCUGGAGGCAGCCCAGAGGGAGGCCCGCAGCCUUGGCACUGAGCUCUUCCGGCUGCGGCAUAGCCACGAGGAGGCUCUUGAGGCCCUGGAGACACUCAAGCGGGAGAACAAGAACCUACAGGAGGAGAUCAGUGACCUCACGGAUCACGUCAGCCUCAGUGGGAAGAGCAUCCAGGAGCUGGAGAAAGCCAAGAAGGCGCUGGAAGGGGAGAAGAGCGAACUCCAGGCCGCACUGGAGGAGGCCGAGGGGGCGUUGGAGCUGGAAGAAACCAAGACUCUGCGGAUCCAGCUGGAGCUAUCCCAAGUCAAGGCUGAGGUGGACCGGAAACUGGCAGAGAAAGAGGAGGAGUGCGCUAACCUGAGGCGCAACCACCAGCGGGCAGUCGAGUCUCUGCAGGCCUCCCUGGAUGCAGAGACACGGGCCCGCAAUGAGGCACUGCGGCUCAAGAAGAAAAUGGAGGGUGACCUCAAUGACCUGGAGCUGCAGCUGGGCCAUGCCACCCGCCAGGCCAUGGAGGCACAGGCAGCCACACGGCUCUUACAGGCCCAACUUAAGGAGGAGCAGGCAGGGCGGGAUGAGGAGCAGCGGCUGGCGGCCGAGCUCCGAGAGCAGGCACAGGCCCUGGAGCGGCGGGCCGCACUGCUGGCCGGGGAGCUGGAAGAGCUUCGGGCUGCCCUGGAGCAGGGCGAGCGCAGCCGCCGGCUGGCAGAACAAGAACUGCUGGAGGCCACAGAGCGUCUCAACCUGCUGCAUUCACAGAACACAGGCCUCCUGAACCAGAAAAAGAAGCUAGAGGUGGAUCUGGCCCAGCUGAGUGGAGAGGUGGAGGAGGCUGCUCAGGAGAGGCGAGAAGCUGAGGAGAAGGCCAAAAAGGCCAUUACCGACGCAGCCAUGAUGGCUGAGGAGCUGAAGAAGGAGCAAGACACCAGUGCACACCUGGAGCGGAUGAAGAAGACACUGGAGCAGACGGUGCGGGAGCUACAGGCACGGCUUGAGGAGGCUGAACAAGCUGCCCUCCGUGGCGGGAAGAAACAGGUGCAGAAGCUGGAGGCCAAGGUCCGGGAGCUGGAGGCCGAGCUCGAUGCUGAGCAAAAGAAGCAUGCGGAGGCCCUCAAGGGGGUGCGGAAACAUGAGCGCCGGGUCAAGGAACUUGCAUACCAGGCUGAGGAGGACAGGAAGAACCUGGCUCGCAUGCAGGACCUGGUGGACAAGCUGCAGAGCAAGGUCAAGAGCUACAAACGGCAGUUUGAAGAGGCGGAGCAGCAGGCUAACACCAACCUGGCCAAGUACCGCAAGGCCCAGCAUGAGUUGGAUGACGCGGAGGAACGGGCAGAUAUGGCAGAAACCCAGGCCAACAAGCUGCGGGCGCGGACCCGGGAUGCCCUGGGACCCAAGGUAAGAGGCAGCCGGGGGCACCACCCUGUCCCCUGCAUGGCAGUGCAGGUGUUACAGCUCAUUCAGCCACCCUUCUUUCCCUCAGCACAAGGAGUGAUGCCUGAACCCCUGGGCUCUGAAGAGGAAUGCCUGCCAUCUGCCCCUCACCUGACAUCCUAUCUUUAUCUUCAUCUGCUGAGCCCUGAAUAAACAUCAUGUCUGCAGCUCCA